GGGCCGAUCGCUUCGGUAGCUCCCUUGUGCGUUAAAUACCUGAGGAUACCUAAUCAUUGUGCACAGGACCUCAAUCACACGCCGAGAACAGAAUCGAUUUACUCUUAACAUGCAAACGUUUACUUGGAUAUAUCGAAAUAAAUGCUUUGUUAUUACUAUCAAAUUUUAAUUAAACUAAAUACGAUUUUUUAAUUAAUUAAAAAAUAUCUGUCAGUCAUAAUUUCGGGAAAUAAAAAUUUAAUAAUAACAACGAAGCAUUUAUUUCGCCGUAUACAAAUAUGCGUUUGGUAACAGUAAAUAAACCCCUGUCUCACUGUCAGUGUAGAUAUAUUCGACAAAUAAACCUCGGCUCACGAUAGCUACUUUCAAAUCGAAAGCUCACCGUAUCUGUUAAUCGGCGAGUCGGCAUUAACAUUAAAUAUUUUCAAUUGGUCAAGCUACAUCGUCGAGAGAAGUUGCAGAGCACAGAGCCAGUGUAAAAUAAUAAUCGUUGUAUCCAGGGCUCUGAGUCAUAGAUUCAAAAAAUGUUGUUUAGUAUCGGACUAUUUUUUACCCUGAUCGCGGGACUUCUUUACGGAUUGCACUACUCGGUUCGCGGAGGCAGAAAAGGCGAACUCAUCGACAAAAUUCCCGGGCCAUACGCUUGGCCGUUCGUUGGCAAUGUUUUCAAGUUUUUGGUACCCCUAGAGGAAUUUUGGAACAUAGGUCACAGGAUGAACUGGGAAUUCUACCCCAUUAAUCGGAUUUGGAGCAUCGAUAUUCCACACGUGAACCUUUAUCAUCCCGACGACGUCGAGGCCAUACUUACAAGCAUGAAGCACAUAAAAAAAAGCGUUUUCUACAGUUUUAUUCAUCCGUGGCUCGGUACCGGUCUUCUGACCAGCGAAGGAUCGAAAUGGCACACGCGACGAAGAAUUCUCACGCCGGCUUUUCACUUCAACUUACUGCAACAAUUCAUGGCAAUUUUCAACGAGCAGAGCGAGAAGCUCGUGAAAUCGCUUUGCCUCGAUGGAGACGAAGUCGUCGACGAUCUCGUCCACCUUCUCCACAAAUACACGCUCAACUCGAUUUGCGAAACCGCGAUGGGCGCGACGUCGGAGUUGAAUGGGCAAGUUCAGAACGAAUACAGAUCUUGCGUUUCGGAAAUGGGAGACAUAACGCUUUACCGAACGCUAAGGCCUUGGUGGCACUCAAACUGGAUGUUCAAGUUUUCCCAAAAGUUCAAAUGUCAAGUUCGUGCGCUCAAAGUUCUUCACGGUUUUUCAACAAAUAUCAUCAACGAGCGUAAACGAUAUCACGACGAGACCGGAGGUCGAUUUUUGCAAGGACUCGGCGGUGAUGGAGGUCCGGGUGUCUACAGUUUCGAAGAUGAAAAUUUCAAGAGCAGACGGCGCUUGACUAUGCUGGAUCUUCUGAUCUCAUCUUCCAAGCGUGAGGGCAGCAUAGACGACGAAGGAAUCAGAGAAGAAGUCGAUACUUUCGUAUUCGAGGGUCACGACACGACCGCUAUGGCGAUAUGUUUCACGUUAAUGCUGCUAGCGGAAAACAAACAGAUUCAGGACGAAGCGAGAAUUGAGGUCGACGAGGUAUUCGAAGGAAAGAAAGACGAGAAAUUGUCAAUGCGCGAAGUCCAGGGCUUGGCCUACCUGGAAAGAUGCAUCAAAGAAUCUCUGCGAUUGUUUCCAAGUGUGCCGUUCGUAUCUCGUCACAUAUCCGAAGACCUGCAACUCAAGAACUAUUUGGUGCCCGGAGGGACGGUCGUUAACGUUCACAUUUACGACCUACACAGAGAUCCCAAUUUCUGGCCAGACCCUUUAGUCUUUGAUCCGGACAGAUUUUUACCCGAUCAAUCGCAAGGACGUCAUCCGUUCGCCUUCGUGCCUUUCAGCGCGGGACCGCGAAACUGCAUCGGUCAGAAAUUUGCGAUGCUGGAGUUGAAGGUGCUGGUGGCGCAUUUCUUGCACAAUUUCUAUUUGGAGCCGCUCGAUUUCUCACACGAUGUACGAAUCCUUCCCGACUUGGUUCUACGACCAUCAAAGCCUAUCCGCAUGAAAUUUGUCCCGAGAUCGCACAGUAAUCAAGUUGACUGUGGAAAACACUCGCUUGGAUUUUACAUCGCGCUAUUUUUUACCCUGGUCGCGGGACUUCUUUACGGAUUGCACUACUCGAUUCAUGGAAGCAGGAAAGGUGAACUCGUCGAUAAAAUUCCUGGACCAUACGCUUGGCCGAUCAUUGGCAACAUUCUCACCUUCCAGGUACCCCUGGAUGAAUUAUGGAACCUGGUUCGUAAGUUGAACAGGGAUUAUUACCCCAUUCAUCGACUUUGGAGCAUCAGCGUUCCAGUCGUGACUGCUUAUCAUCCGGAUGACGUAGAGGUUUUAUUUUCAAAUGUACGGCACAUCGAAAAAAGUUUCAUAUACAAAUUUCUUCAUCCAUGGCUAGGAGCCGGUCUUCUAACCAGCACAGGGAAAAAAUGGCACGAACGAAGGAAAAUCCUCACGCCGGCUUUUCACUUCAACGUACUGCAACAAUUCGUGGCGAUUUUUAACGAGCAGAGCGAGAAGCUCGUGAAAUCGCUUUGCCUCGAGGGAGACGAAGUCGUCGACGAUCUCGUCCACCUUCUCCACAAAUUCACGCUCAACUCGAUUUGCGAAACCGCGAUGGGCGCGACGUCGGAGUUGAAUGGGCAAGUUCAGAACGAAUACAGAUCCUGCGUUUCGAAAAUGGGAGACAUAACGCUUUACCGAAUGCUAAGGCCUUGGUGGCACUUGGACUGGAUGUUCAAGUUUUCGCGAAAAUUCAAAGAACAAGUUCGAGCGCUCAAAGUUCUUCACGGUUUCUCGACAAAUAUUAUCAACGAGCGUAAACGAUAUCACGACGAGACCGGAGGUAGAUUUCUAAAAGGACUUGGCGGUGAUAGCGAGUGGAGUAUCUACGGCUUCGACGACGAAAAUGUCAAGGGCAAACGACGUUUGGCUAUGCUGGAUCUACUUAUCUCAUCUUCCAGGCGUGAAGACAGCAUAGACGACGAAGGAAUCAGAGAAGAAGUCGAUACUUUCGUAUUCGAGGGACACGACACGACCGCUAUGGCGCUAUGUUUCGCGCUAUUGCUGCUAGCCGAAAACAAACACAUUCAGGACAAAGCGAGAGCUGAAGUCGACGAAGUAUUCGAAGGAAAGAAAGACGAGAAAUUGUCAAUGCGCGAAGUCCAGGGCUUGGCCUACCUGGAAAGAUGCAUCAAAGAAUCUCUGCGAUUGUUUCCAAGUGUGCCGUUCGUAUCUCGUCACAUAUCCGAAGACCUGCAACUCAAGAACUAUUUGGUGCCCGGAGGGACGGUCGUUAACGUUCACAUUUACGACCUACACAGAGAUCCCAAUUUCUGGCCAGACCCUUUAGUCUUUGAUCCGGACAGAUUUUCACCCGAACAAUCGCAAGGACGUCAUCCGUUCGCCUUCGUGCCUUUCAGCGCGGGACCGCGAAACUGCAUCGGUCAGAAAUUUGCGAUGUUGGAGUUGAAGGUGCUGGUGGCGCAUUUCUUGCACAAUUUCUAUUUGGAGCCGCUCGAUUUUUCAUGUGAUAUUAAAAAAUAUUUUUUACUCGGAUAUUUUUCUCCCCGCCAACGUCGGGUCUGCAGUCAUUCGUGUUCGUACGUCCAAAUGCGUUAUCUCACCAUCGCGGACGCGUGUUCGUGUGCGUUCACAGCAUCCGCGAGGUGGAGUUCGACGAGCGAGGGGUAUAGCUCGAUCGCGGGAGUUCUUUACGGAUUACACUACUUGGUUCGCGGUGGCAGGAGAGGUGAACUUAUAGAUAAAAUUCCCGGCCCACACGCCUGGCCUUUUAUCGGUAAUAUCUUAACAUUCCUAGUGUCUCACGCCGAAUUGUGGAACUUGAGUCGCAGGCUGAACAAAGAGUAUUACCCCAUUAAUCGGAUCUGGAGUGUCAAAGUUCCAGUAGUCAACGUUUUUCAUCCGGACGACGUCGAGGCCUUGAUUUCAAGCACGAAGCACAUCGAAAAAAGCACUUUGUACUCUUUCCUCCAUCCGUGGCUCGGCACCGGACUUUUGACUAGCAAAGGGAAAAAAUGGCACGAACGAAGGAAAAUCCUCACGCCGGCUUUUCACUUCAACGUACUGCAACAAUUCGUGGCGAUUUUCAACGAGCAGAGCGAGAAGCUCGUGAAAUCGCUUUGCCUCGAGGGAGACGAAGUCGUCGACGAUCUCGUCCACCUCCUCCACAAAUUCACGCUCAACUCGAUUUGCGAAACCGCGAUGGGCGCGACGUCGGAGUUGAAUGGGCAAGUUCAGAACGAAUACAGAUCCUGCGUUUCGAAAAUGGGAGACAUAACGCUUUACCGAAUGCUAAGGCCUUGGUGGCACUCAAACUGGAUGUUCAAGUUUUCCCAAAAGUUCAAAUGUCAAGUUCGUGCGCUCAAAGUUCUUCACGGUUUUUCAACAAAUAUCAUCAACGAGCGUAAACGAUAUCACGACAAGACCGGAGGUCGAUUUUUGCAAGGACUCGGCGGUGAUGGAGAUCCGGGCAUUUACAGUUUCGACGACGAAAAUGUCAAGGGCAAAGGACGCCCGGCUAUGCUGGAUCUCCUCAUCUCAGCUUCCAGGCGUGAAGGCAGCAUAGACGACAAAGGAAUCAGAGAAGAAGUCGAUACUUUCAUAUUCGAGGGUCACGACACUACGGCUAUGGCGUUAUGUUUCACGUUGAUGCUGCUGGCCGAAAACGAAGACAUUCAAGAAAAAGCGAGAAUUGAGGUCGACGAGGUAUUCGAAGGAAAGGAAGACGAGAAAUUGUCAAUGCGCGAAGUCCAGGGCUUGGCCUAUCUGGAAAGAUGCAUCAGAGAAUCUCUGCGAUUGUUUCCAAGUGUGCCGUUCGUAUCUCGUCACAUAUCCGAAGACCUGCAACUCAAGAAGUAUGUGGUCCCCGGGGGAACAAUUGUUCACGUUCACAUUUUCGACGUCCACAGGGAUCCCAAUUUCUGGCCAGACCCUUUAGUCUUUGAUCCGGACAGAUUUUUACCCGAACAAUCGCAAGGACGUCAUCCGUUCGCCUUCGUGCCUUUCAGCGCGGGACCGCGAAACUGCAUCGGUCAGAAAUUUGCGAUGCUGGAGUUGAAGGUGCUGGUGGCGCAUUUCUUGCACAAUUUCUAUUUGGAGCCGCUCGAUUUCUCACGCGAUGUACGAAUCCUUCCCGACUUGGUUCUACGACCAUCAAAGCCUAUCCGCCUGAAAUUUGUCCCGAGAUUACAAAGUGAUUAGCUAUAACUAUAGUUUUCAUGACGUACUUUCCAACUGACACAAUUAUGCAACGCAUGUAACUUGGUACAUUAAAUUUUGUUCGCUUGUAGACAUAAGCUUGAAACGCAAGCACUCUGUAAAAGUGUACAACAAGAAUGGCAGAAGAUGAGUUUCGUUUUGUUUCUUCUUGUACCGCUCAGCUGUGAAAUAAGAAAGACAAAUGUUAUAUGAAUACAUCUGUAAUAAGUGACAAAUAGAAGAUGAGAUAAACAAUUUUCUUACAACAGA